AUGGCUCAGAAGAAGCCAGGACUGCAGGAAAUGGUUCAGGUUGACAGAUCAGAGUACGGACAAUUCGCCCGUCGGCAGAUUAUGCUAACAAGUGGAAGACGACCCUCGUCGCCCUUCUGGAGGAGCAGGUCAUCCUCCCGACAGGCUUCGGGCAAGUCCAACAAAGUGAUAGGCGCAUCUUACUCGCACGCGGACAUGUUCAAGUUCGAUUCAUUGUCAAUAGGCUCAGGCUCUAACCCUAGAUCCCCCCCGAACCAUCCAUCGAGAUCUUCGCACACAUCUCCUGCAGACGGACGGGGUUACCAUGAACAAGAACGAAAAGCGUACCCGGGUUAUACCUCUUCGGUACUGAGUGAGAGUUGGGACGUUGUUGGUGACGGGGACGUCGAGGCCGACGAUGACGACCUUGUAUAUGAAGAUGAUGAAGACGAAUUUGGACUACCUAGCAUAGCCAGCAUGCGCCGGAAGAGAAGCAUCAAGAACAAGGCUUUGAAAGCACAACACGUCACUUACCCGAGUAUUCACCAGACAUCGUCUGGUGCGACGCUAGCACCUUCGCCCAUGCCCCAGCUGCAUAGAUCCAGCAGUUUCGACAUAGCCGAAGAACGAAACCCAUUGUCAUAUCCCAGCGCGAAGAAGGGCGAUGGAAAGAUCUUACGCCCACAAUACAAAGACAUCCUACGGGAUCCGGCCAACUCGUUACAUCUUAUCAAUCAUCCCGUGCUGGCAAGCAAUGCGACCCCAAAAGAGACAGAAGCACACAGCACACGAAUCUCACGGAUCAACAAGUUCAAGCGCAUAUUACAGGCCAGCUCAGUGUCGUUGCCAGAUCUCCGAUCCGCCGCAUGGUCGGGAGUACCUGAGGAAGUACGGGCAAUAACGUGGCAGAUUCUACUAGGACACCUGCCCACGAAUAGUGAAAGAAGGGUCACAACCUUAGAACGGAAGCGAAAAGAGUAUCUCGACGCAGUACGACAAGCUUUCAACUCUGGCAGCGUGGGAAAUCGUAAUGGAUCGAGUACGGGUCUGACUGGGCUUGGUUCACAGCCCCCUGUGACUACAGGCCGAGGAAGAGGCCUUGAUGAAGCUGUUUGGCAUCAGAUCAGCAUCGAUGUUCCCAGGACUAACCCACACAUUCCGCUUUACCAGUAUGAAGCCACCCAAAGGUCUCUCGAGCGAAUUUUGUACGUUUGGGCCAUCAGACAUCCUGCCAGUGGAUACGUACAAGGAAUCAACGACCUGGCGACACCCUUCUGGCAGGUCUUUCUUGGAACAUACAUAACAGACCUGGAUAUCGAAAGCGGCAUGGAUCCUGGACAACUUCCGAGGCCUGUCAUUGAUGCAGUUGAAGCAGACACGUUUUGGUGUCUGACGAAGCUACUGGACGGCAUUCAAGAUAAUUACAUUGUGGCUCAGCCCGGCAUUCACCGGCAGGUAGCUGCGCUGCGGGACCUUACAACGAGGAUCGAUUCUGGGCUGGCCAGCCACUUCGAAAGCGAGCAUGUUGAGUACAUGCAGUUCAGUUUUCGGUGGAUGAACUGCCUAUUGAUGAGGGAGUUGAGCAUCAAGAACGUGAUUAGGAUGUGGGAUACUUAUAUGGCCGAAGAGAACGGCUUCUCCCAAUUUCACCUCUACGUUUGCGCAGCUUUUCUGGUCAAAUGGUCGGACCAACUGAUGAAGAUGAAUUUUCAAGAGAUAUUGAUGUUUUUACAAGCGCUCCCGACCAGGGAAUGGAACGAGAAGGACAUCGAGCUGCUUCUUAGUGAGGCCUUCAUCUGGCAAAGCCUCUUCCGUGGAUCGAGGGCACAUUUGCGGACCUCGAAUAGCACGAUACCUAUGGGUUCUUUAGGCCCAUCCGGAUGA